GCUGACUAGUGCCAACCUACAAAGAUGACGACAAACACAAAUUAAAAAAAUUGAUAAAUGAUCAAAAACUUUGGUCAUGGCUUGGUUACAAAAUUUGGCAGGGCGGGCCGAAGAUUUGUUAAAUAAAAUUGACCAAAAUGCUGCAACUGUUUUAAAUGAGACUAAAUUAAUUGAUGAAAAUACAAUGCCUACUAAUCCGGAUGAGAAAACUUAUCAAGAAACAAUUAAUAACAGUUUAAAAUUAAAUUUCAUUGCUGGACAAAGCAAUACAAUUGAUUUAAUUAAACUCACAUUUGAAGAGGAGUUUAAUGUGGCUGAAAAUCAUGAUUACGACCUGGAACAAUCAUCAAAGGGGGACUCCCCGGGCCCUAAAUCGAUAUCGUCUCACAACAGUUUUAUUUUAACCGAAGAUGUGCAGUGUUAUACUGACUCAAUAAACAAAUUGGAAAUUGAAGUGCGAGAUCUCAAUAAGCAACUCUUAAAUUUGCAACAUCUGUAUGCAGAAUUACGCAAUGAAAAUGCAAACUUGAGAACCCAAAUUGAAGCGUCGAAUUAUUUGGUCUCAACGGCGCAGUCUGAAAUGGAGCAGUACAAGGCAAGGGCUCAGAGAAUUUUGCAAGAAAAGGAAGACUUAAUCCGGUUAAAAAAUGAAAAUAAAUCGUCACAAAAUGAUCAGAUCUUAACCAACUACAAUGAUGAAUUGAAAAAAGAGAUUGACUUUCAGCAAAAUCGCAACGUGGAGUUGACCGAGAAAGUCAAGAAAUUAACUCAGGAAGUCUCCCAUUUGCAACAACAAAUGGUUUUGGUCCAAAAUUCGUCGCAAAAUUCGACCCAAAUCCUCCAAGAGACUCUAGCUAGGGAGAAAAAAAUUCGUCUUAUGGCCGAGGACGAGUGCAGGAUUAAAAACCAAGAGUUGCAACUCAAAAUGCAAGAAUUGGCUCAACACUAUCAGAUAAUCCAAUCAAAAUCGGAAGAAAUCAAUAAGUUACAAGAAGCCCUCAAAUGCAAAUCAAACUCAAGUGGUUACACCGAUUUUGAAUCGCGGAUUAAAUCACUCACUGACACUCUCAUGGUGAAACAAAACGCUUUAGAGAGAGUUACAACCGAGCGUAAUGCUUUGCGAAUACAACUCGAGAAGUUGGAAACUGAGUAUCACAAUAAUUUGGCCCAACUUGAACGAGCACAAGUGCGUGUGAUCAACGUGAAUGACACGGAUGAUGUCAAAUCCCAAGUCCCUCAAUUUAUGAGAGUGUCCCCGUUUGAUGCUGGGGUCACGAGACGAGUCAAACAUGCGUAUUCAACUGUUGAUGCGAUUAGUGUUAGGACGGGAAUUUUCCUCCGGCGCUACCCUGUUGCAAGAGUUUUUGUUUUUUGUUAUAUGGUUUUGUUACAUUUUUGGGCCUUGAUUCUACUCUUCCUGUAUGCCCCAAGUAGCCGAUAAGUUUUAUACAUAAAAUAAAAAAUUUAUUACA